CCUAGUGGUGACUCAAAGCUGUAUUUCAGUGUUGACUUCAGACUCAGAAGACUGCAGUCUGAACUGAAGCGCUGGAGACUCAGACAUCAUGUCUGCAAGAAUUCUCCUCCUUGCCCUCUUUCUGUGUGGACUGAAUGCAUCCAGGGAUGAAUCUUCUGUAAACCAGGAGUUAUCCAACAUAUUCAACGAGCUGUGGCGCUUGGAUCUGAACCGGAUGACGCCUGGGAUUGAUUACAACAUCUCUGUUCAGAACAAAGCCGGGUUUGUGACCCAGGGCAGCACUGUGGUGAGGGAUCAAGCCCCACAGCCUCUGUUCUCCAGUGUUGAUGAGGAUAAAAUGAAGAGGACAACCACUUUUUUUCUCCUCAUGAAACUCCUGGACAACUAUGAGCGGUCUGCCAGUGUGUCCGAGCAAUACACGCCAGAGGAGAUCACAGAAAUCAGCCUCUUCCUGGAUGCUGUUCUGGAAACUCAAGUCAUGAAGAGAGCUCAUAAGUACCUGGUGAGCAAAGGAAAGUCCAGCUCAGAUCUAACAACCUUCAAGAAUCAACUUAAUUGGAUCUGGUUCCAUCUCUACAACCGUCAGAGAGACACCGGCCCAGACUCCUGCGGAUUUGAACACGUCUUUGUCGGGGAGACCAGAACCGGAUCGGAAAUCGCUGGUUUUCACAACUGGGUGCAGUUCUACCUGCAAGAAAAAAACACUCAUUUGGACUACAAAGGGUUCAAGGCCGGGCAUCAAGACUCCCCUGAUUCAGACGACCACGUUCUGAACCUCCAGUUCAGCUGGCACGGCGCAGUCAAGCCCGUUGGAAGUGCUUUCAUCGGGACCAGCCCUGAGUUUGAGAUGGCCGUCUUCACCAUCGUCUUUCUGAUGAACACAGAGAGAAGCACCAAGGUGGUGGUCGACAUCGACCAGUGUCAGCUGGAGCUGCUGGUGGUCCGACAUGGCAAUUCCAUUGGGACAGCAUUUCCCAAACUACUCAGCAGCAACAGCAGGCAUGUCCGUCAGCAGUCUCACUGAUGCCCUCCAGCAGAGAGUUUUCACCUUCUUCUGUGCUUUUAUAUUAACAAGCAUGAUGAUUAUUACACAUAUGAUUGAUGGAAUAAUCAUUUGUGACAGCAGCUAAUUUUGAACAUUUUGAAGGAAAUCAGUUUUUUUAAUUCUAAAUGAUCCUUGUAAUUGCCUCACGGGGCUGCAGUACAAAGGAAUCCCACUCAGAGGUGCAAUAAAUAAACGUCACUUUCAAAAAAUGCUAACUUUUGUUGCUGCACCAUCAGUUAAGUUUCAAGCUUGAAACAUUAUAGUGUGUUUCUGUGCUAAAAAUCUCUAAAUCUGAAAUGUAGGAAACCUUUGUUGUUGUUUUUUUCUUUGUUACAUUUACGAUGCAAAAUAAAAAGUACAUUUUUGCAGCUUU